AUGUUAGUGAACAUAGAACCAGGUACAAUGGAUAGUGUUCGUUUAGGACUUUUCGGACAAAUUUUCCGUCCUGAUAAUUUUGUAUUUGGUCAAAGUGGCACUGGGAAUAAUUGGGCUAAAGGCCAUUAUACAGAAGGAGCCGAACUUGUAGAUUCCGUCUUAGAUGUCGUAAGAAAAGAAGCGCAAUCCUGUGACUGCCUUCAAGGAUUUCAAUUGACUCAUUCACUCGGUGGUAGUACAGGUUCUGGUAUGGGGACAUUGUUGAUCUCAAAGAUUCGUGAGGAGUAUCCUGAUCGAAUUAUGAAUACAUUUUUGGUUGUCCUCUCACCAAAAGUAUCCGAUACUGUUGUUGAGCCUUACAACGCGACGUUAUCUGUUCACCAACUGGUUGAGAAUACUGAUGAAACAUACUGCAUUGACAAUGAAGCGCUUUAUGACAUUUGUUUCCGAACAUUGAAACUCACAACCCCUACAUACGGUGAUUUAAAUCAUCUGGUCAGUGCGACAAUGUCUGGAGUCAUUACUUGUCUCCGAUUUCACGGACAGUUGAAUGCUGAUCUUCGGAAGCUGGCCGUGAAUAUGGUCCCAUUCCCAGGUCUGCACUUUCUCAUGCCUGGCUUCGCAACGUUUACUAGCCGUAGCAGUCAACAAUAUCGUUCACUCACUGUUCCUGAGUUGACUCAACAAAUGUUUGACGCACAGAAUAUGAUGGCUGCAUGA